UUGCAUGUAUAUCAACCAACAUGAUUCGAUUUUUACUAUUUUAAAAGUUAUUGUGCCUGGAGUUUGGAGAUAUUCUUUAUUAAUGUGACUUUAUUCUAUCCUUAACACUGCCAGACUAAUAUUUUCAGAUUAUAAUCCUAAAGUAAUAAUUUUCAUGUGUGCCUCUGUACUGAUACUGUGCUUCAUUUGUCAAGUGGAUGAGUUUAUGGAAUGCAUGUGUUUAAAAAGUGCAUUCAACCAUGUUGAGUGGGAAACCUAAUUAUGCCAAAAUUGUGAUAAUAUUAUUAUUUGAUAUGUCAAAAUAAAUGUUUAACAACCAUAUUGUCACUCAUUUGGUAGUUUACUUAAUACUGGGCAAUCAUUUUUGCUUCAUUUCGGCUUGAAAACAUGAUUUCAGGCUAGUAACCUUCCAUGUAUUUGCAAAAUGUUAAUUGCAGGAUUAGAGGAAUUAGUUUAAAUUUUUUUGCUUAUGUCAGAUGUUCUGGAAUUUGCUUGGCCUGGAAAUGUAGGUGUAUUGUGGAAUGCGACGUUGUUCGAUUAAUCUAAAACCUUUGCUAGCGAUAAAUGUUCCUUAGUUCAUUACUGUGCAAUCUGUAUGAGUGCCUCAGUGGCACAUAUUCUGCUUUUUUGAAGUAUUUUCAGGUGCGAAGUGGCUAAUUAAUAUUUGUUUUGUUUAAAAAAUUGCCCAUGGAUUUACUGUUUGCUAACAUUUUGCUCUUUUUCGAAGAUCUGUUGGUUAUCAUAGUCAUUUUUAUUCAUGGACAUGGAUAUUCCCAUAUAUACAGUUGAUGCCUUCACAGAUACUCCAUUCAGUGGAAAUCAGGCGGCUAUUUGUCUUGUUGAUAGAGCCAUACAAGAAAGCACUAUGCAGUUGCUGGCAGCUGAGAUGAACAUAUCAGAAACGGCGUAUAUUGAAUUUAACGAUUCUACUACUUCCUUCAAAGAUGGAAAGUAUUUCAAGCUCCGUUGGUUUACACCCACAAAUGAGGUUCCCUUGUGUGGACAUGCAACCCUGGCAGCUGCAGCAGUGCUAUUAUUUGAGUGUGGUAAUACCAAUGAAAUUAUUACAUUUUCUACAUUGAGUGGUGACCUGACAAUUACAUCUGUAAAAGACAAAAUAACAAUGGACUUCCCAAAAAAUGAGCCUGUAGAAGAAGAUUCUUCAAAUUGGGAACCUCUUGCUAACGCUGUACUUGGAAAGUACUAUGAGCAUCUGGAGUCAGUAUUGUUGUCUUCCAAUGCAAAGAAACUGAUUUUACGUCUCAAUGAUGAAUGUAGUCAGUCAACACUCCAAUCAAUUUCACCAGAUUUUCAAGAAAUGUUAAAAGCACAUGAUGGCUCAAUUGUGAAAGGCAUUAUAGUCACGCUAAAAGGUGAUAAAGGCUGUCACUUCUACUCGCGUUACUUCGCACCAUGGAAUGGUAUUCCCGAAGACCCAGUGACUGGAUCAGCACACACUGUUUUGGGUCCAUAUUGGUGCAAGAUCCUGGGCCAAAAGAAUUUGUGUGCACGUCAGUGUUCAAAGCGGGGUGGUAAAUUAGAUGUCCUCGUAUGUGAUUCAAGGGUAUACAUCUCAGGAUCAGCAAAGGUCAUUGUGAAAGGAAAAGUUCAUUUACCUUGCUAGCAUAUCUGAUAGUUGGUUAGCUGUUGAAAUUGCAUGGUUUUUAGUUGCAGAGUAGUCCUGCAUUGUAUGGUGUAAAAUGGGGGGUGAGUUACAUAUAUUGUGGCAAGAAUAUAUAUGUUGGGUUGGAGGCAACUGCACCUUGCGAUAAUCCUGAAUAAGUUGUGAAAAUUGUGCUGAAGAACAAUGAACUUUUGAAUCCUCUUGCUCUUGUUGAAUCUCUGUGGGAUGGUGAUGUGGGCAAGAAAGCUAGUGAGAAGUGAGCUUGAUGAAUUCGCUGAUUGCUCAAAGUGGUGGUGGUUUUUCAGCCUUGUACUAACGGCAUUCUGGACGUUAUGUCAAAUACUUUUGCUAUGGUGGAUAGAUAUUUGAAAAGAAUAUGUGAAAAAGGACACCAAAAGCUAAGAACGAAAUGUAUCGUCCAUUUUUUGGCUAAAUAUGGAUCGAUACAGAUGUUGAAAUUAUUUUUUGAGGGAUCAUGUUCACGGCAUUGGCCUCGUUAAUUCUUAGCCAAUCUUGUCCCCACCCCGACGUCUGACCAGUUUUCAGCUAUUUAUCAUUGAAACCAGGUCAACUACCUACCUAAUUUUUUGUUAUUGACAUAUUUAAUAUUACAUGAUGAUUAUAAAGAAAUAUAUCAAUCGGUUGUUAGUGGA